GUUUCCCCCCCUCUCCCCCUGCAGGGGCCGUUUGCGGGGUGGGGUGGGGGGUUCGCUAUGUCGGAUGACGAUUCGAGGGCCAGCACCAGCUCCUCCUCAUCUUCGUCCUCCAACCAGCAAACCGAGAAAGAAACAAACACCCCCAAGAAGAAGGAGAGUAAAGUCAGCAUGAGCAAAAACUCCAAGCUCCUCUCCACCAGCGCCAAGAGGAUUCAGAAGGAACUGGCAGACAUCACUUUAGACCCGCCGCCCAACUGCAGUGCUGGUCCCAAAGGCGACAACAUCUAUGAAUGGAGGUCGACCAUUUUAGGGCCUCCCGGGUCUGUGUAUGAAGGCGGUGUCUUCUUCCUGGACAUCACUUUCACACCAGAGUACCCCUUCAAGCCUCCAAAGGUUACAUUUCGGACAAGAAUCUAUCACUGUAAUAUUAACAGUCAAGGAGUUAUUUGCUUGGACAUACUCAAAGAUAACUGGAGUCCAGCACUAACCAUUUCUAAAGUCCUCCUUUCUAUCUGCUCACUUCUUACAGACUGUAAUCCCGCCGACCCUUUGGUAGGAAGUAUUGCCACUCAGUAUAUGACCAACAGAGCAGAACAUGACAGAAUGGCCAGACAGUGGACCAAGAGAUACGCUACAUAAACUGGGUUUUCACAGUUCCUCCAUUAUUUGUCUGUCACAGAAGAGAGCUGCUUAUGAUUUUGAAGGGGUGGGGGAGGGUGGGAGUUGGUAAAGAGUAGGAUAUUUCUAUAACAGAUAUUAUUCAGUCUUAUUUCCUAAGAUUUUGUUGUAACUUAAGGUAUCUUGCUACAGUGGGAAAAAUUGGUAAUAGCAACUUUUAAAAACUGUCACUAGUUCCGCAAUGUUAGCUAAUACACAGUACAGAAAAGAAUGUACAUUUAGAUAUUUGGGCUCAAUUGCUUGUAGUCUUAAUUUUAAAACAACAUAAUUUUGUACAGGUUAUACACAGCCAUUUAUGUAAAAUCUGCUUUCCCUUCUUGGAAGGGAACAUUGAUAUUUAACAGAGUUUUUAGAGACUGUCAUCUCAUUAUAUAUAUAUUAUAUAUAUAAUGGAUACGUGGCUAUAAGACACCAUGUAGGAAAUGAAUAGUUAAUGUAUUUUAUUUUAUAUGCAAAUCUACUUUAGAGGUUUAAAUCAACUUGGAAAUCCUGUAGUGAAAUACCUUAAGCUGUUAACUGUAAGGCGUGGAAUAGGAGUCGCUCAGUGGAUUGGUUCUAUGUUGUAGACUUCUUACGUCUGCAUUUGUUACUGUGCUAAUAAACAACAUUAAAAAAACUUGAUUCUGCUGUUUGUUCA